AGUCUCGUAUCCUCAGGGUGAAGGUGGUUUCAGGCAUUGAUCUAGCGAAGAAGGACAUCUUCGGAGCCAGCGACCCGUAUGUGAAACUCUCCCUGUAUGUAGCAGAUGAGAACAGAGAGCUGGCUCUUGUGCAGACAAAGACCAUUAAGAAGACUCUGAAUCCAAAAUGGAAUGAAGAAUUUUAUUUUAGAGUAAACCCAAGCAACCAUCGUCUCCUGUUUGAAGUGUUCGAUGAAAACAGAUUGACUAGAGACGACUUCCUGGGCCAGGUGGAUGUGCCACUCAGUCACCUUCCGACUGAAGACCCAACCAUGGAAAGGCCAUACACAUUUAAGGAUUUCCUUCUCAGACCACGAAGCCACAAAUCUCGUGUAAAGGGUUUCUUGAGACUGAAGAUGGCUUAUAUGCCUAAAAACGGUGGCCAAGAGGAAGAAAACAGUGAUCAAAGGGAUGAGUCUGAGCAUGGAUGGGAUGUGGUUGACUCCAGUGACUCUGCAUCUCAACGUCAGGAGGAGUUACCACCUCCUCCACUGCCUCCUGGAUGGGAAGAAAAGGUGGACAACCUGGGGCGGACUUACUAUGUCAACCAUAACAACAGGACUACUCAGUGGCAUCGACCAAGUUUAAUUGAUGUGGGAUCUGAUUCAGAUAACAAUAUCAGACAAAUAAACCAAGAAGCAGCCCAUAGGCGGUUCCGCUCUCGGAGACACAUUAGUGAGGAUUUGGAACCAGAACCUAUGGAGAGUGGAGACAUUCCUGAGCCUUGGGAAACCAUUUCAGAGGAGGCAAGUGCAAGUGGAGAUUCCUUGAGCUUGUCAUUGCCACCUCCUCCUGCAUCUCCAGUAUCCCGUACCAGUCCUCAGGAGCUAUCUGAGGAACUGAGCAGAAGACUUCAGGUCACUCCUGAUUCCAAUGGGGAACAACUCAGUUCUUUGAUUCAAAGAGAUCCGUCUUCAAGAUUAAGAUCUUGCAGUGUAACCGACACAGUUGCUGAGCAGUCUCAAUUAUCCUUGCAGAGUGGUCCAUCUAGGAGAGCUCGUUCUUCAACUGUCACAGGUGGUGAGGAGCCAACGCCUUCAGUGGCCUAUGUACAUACUACACCAGGCCUCCCUUCAGGCUGGGAAGAAAGGAAGGACGCAAAGGGCCGUACGUACUAUGUCAAUCAUAACAAUCGGACCACAACAUGGACGCGGCCCAUUAUGCAGCUUGCAGAAGAUGGCAUGGUUGGGUCCACAGCAAACAGCAGCAACCAUUUAAGCGAACCCCAGAUACGACGGCCGCGUAGCCUCAGCUCGCCCACAGUAACCUUAUCUGCUCCACUCGAGGGUAUGAAGGACUCCCCCGUGCGCAGAGCGGUGAAGGACACCCUUUCCAACCCUCAGUCUCCACAGCCCUCCCCUUACAACUCUCCAAAACCACAGCACAAAGUUGCACAAAGCUUCCUUCCUCCUGGCUGGGAGAUGCGAAUAGCACCCAAUGGCAGGCCCUUCUUCAUUGAUCAUAAUACCAAAACUACUACGUGGGAGGAUCCACGACUGAAAUUUCCAGUGCAUUUGAGAUCAAAAGCAUCUUUGAAUCCUAACGAUUUGGGCCCUCUUCCUCCUGGUUGGGAGGAAAGAAUACACUUGGACGGAAGAACGUUUUAUAUAGACCAUAGAAGCCAGGUGUUGAUAUGUGGAGACAUUGAUACCAGAGACUUAGUGCCCUCGUACGAUAAUAAAAUUACCCAGUGGGAAGACCCCAGACUGCAGAACCCAGCAAUUACUGGUCCAGCAGUUCCGUAUUCCAGGGAGUUCAAACAGAAAUACGACUACUUCCGGAAGAAGUUAAAGAAACCAGCUGAUAUACCGAACAGAUUUGAGAUGAAGCUACACAGAAAUAAUAUUUUCGAGGAGUCCUACAGAAGAAUCAUGUCUGUGAAGAGACCUGAUGUGCUAAAAGCCAGGCUCUGGAUCGAAUUUGAGUCAGAAAAAGGACUGGACUAUGGAGGUGUGGCCAGAGAAUGGUUUUUUCUCUUGUCCAAGGAGAUGUUUAACCCUUAUUAUGGUCUCUUUGAAUAUUCAGCAACGGACAACUAUACACUUCAGAUUAAUCCUAAUUCAGGUCUUUGUAACGAAGAUCAUCUGUCGUAUUUCACGUUUAUUGGUCGGGUUGCUGGUCUGGCAGUCUACCACGGGAAGCUGUUGGAUGGCUUCUUCAUCAGACCUUUUUACAAGAUGAUGCUGGGGAAACCAAUAACUCUGAAAGACAUGGAGUCAGUGGAUAGUGAAUACUACAACUCUUUGAAGUGGAUCCUGGAAAAUGACCCUACAGAGUUGGAUCUCAUGUUUUGCAUAGAUGAGGAAAACUUUGGACAGACGUACCAGGUUGACCUGAAGCCCAAUGGGUCAGAGAUCAUGGUAACAAAUGAAAACAAAAGGGAAUACAUUGACCUGGUCAUCCAGUGGAGGUUUGUAAACAGAGUUCAAAAGCAAAUGAACGCUUUUUUGGAGGGCUUCACAGAACUUCUCCCUAUUGAUCUGAUUAAAAUUUUUGAUGAAAAUGAACUAGAGUUACUGAUGUGUGGCCUUGGCGAUGUUGAUGUUAACGACUGGAGACAACACACCAUCUACAAAAACGGUUACUGCCCAAACCAUCCCGUUAUCCAGUGGUUCUGGAAGGCCGUCCUACUGAUGGAUGCCGAAAAGCGGAUUCGAUUGCUGCAGUUUGUUACUGGGACGUCACGCGUGCCUAUGAAUGGAUUUGCUGAACUUUAUGGUUCAAACGGUCCUCAGCUGUUUACAAUAGAGCAAUGGGGAAGUCCCGAUAAACUGCCCAGAGCUCACACGUGCUUUAAUCGCCUAGACUUACCUCUGUAUGAAUCUUUUGAAGAUUUGCGAGAGAAGCUACUUAUGGCAGUUGAAAACGCGCAAGGAUUUGAAGGCGUGGAUUAGCACGUCGGCCUCUCCCCCUUCGCGCGAGCCCUGCUUGCACGCCUGCGUUUCCCAAGGGACUCGGAGUGACUACGGCGGCGCAGCUGCACGGCGUGGGUCGACGGAGUGAGCCCCUCAGCUGCCCGGACCCAGAGGGUUGAACUGUAACCUGUGGGUGGCUUUGCCGACCCUCCCACAGCAAUUACCAACUGCUUAA